AUGUCUCACUUCGUUCCACAGUCUGUCAAGCUCGGGCUCCCACCCUCGUUAAGAACUCGGAGUCGUAUCUCAUUGCCACGCACGAACAGAGCAAGUCAACGGAACGGCAUCACUGCUUCAAGGCUACACAGCACUCUACCGCUAUCAGGGACUUUAGUUGUUUCGCUUGAACAAGCAAUUGCAGGUCCAUUCUGUACCAGGCAACUAGCAGAUCUAGGAGCACGAGUAAUCAAAAUCGAACGUCCGGGUGCAGGAGACUUCAACCGUUACCAUGAUACCAGAGUCAAAGGCUUAUGCAGUCACUUUGUCUGGACAAAUCGCAGCAAAGAAAGCUUAGCCCUGGAUCUCAAGGAGUCCGACGACCUGUCCGCCCUAAAGAAAAUCCUAUCGAAAGCCGAUGUCCUCGUGCAAAAUCUCGCUCCAGGAGCUACCGAUCGAAUGGGUCUCAGCUAUCAAGCACUCAAGGAAAAACAUCCAGGACUGAUAGUCUGCGAUAUCAGUGGCUAUGGCAGUACAGGUCCAUACAAGAACAAGAAAGCGUACGAUCUUCUGAUUCAAGCUGAGUCAGGCUUUCUCUCUGUGACGGGUAGCCCUGGCCGGCCAGCGAAAUCUGGUAUCAGCAUUGCGGAUAUUGCAGCAGGAACGACAGCUUACAACAAUAUCCUCGCGGCCAUUAUACAACGCGGUAAGACAGGUAAGGGAUGCAGGUUGGAUGUGAGCAUGCUGGAGAGUAUGGCUGAGUGGAUGAGCUUUCCAAUGUAUUAUGCCUAUGAUGGGGCUCCCGCUCCUGCACUAGCUGGAGCUGAGCACGCGAGUAUCUACCCAUAUGGUCCUUUUCAGGCCAGCGACGGGAUUGUUAUGCUCGGGAUGCAGAAUGAAAGAGAAUGGGGCAUUUUUUGCAUGCAAGUGCUUGAGAAGGCCGAGCUCUUUGAGGAUGAGCGAUUUGUGAGCACGAGUAAAAGGUCUGAGAACAGGAAGGAAUUAAAAAUGAUCAUCGAAGAGGUGUUCAGUAGCUUCUCAGCUGAUGAAGUACUGGCAAGGCUGCAGACUGCUGGCAUUGCCAAUGCACGAGUCAGCAAUAUGCCUGGCUUGUGGAACCAUGAGCAACUUAAGGCUCGCGAUCGUUGGGCUGAGGUCAAUACACCGAAUGGCAAGAUACCAGCAUUGAAACCUGCAGGUGCGGCAGAAGGUAUGGAGAUUCGCAUGGACCCGAUACCAAGCGUAGGCGAGCAUAGCGAAGCGAUUUUCAAAGAAUUCGGCAUUGAUCGGUGA